AGGUUCAGCAACCACAUACCACACAACCACUUAACUAAUACUCCAACACCAAUUGAAGAAAGAAAGCAAGAAAGAGAGAUAGAUAGUGGCAAAGUUCCAAAGAGGAAGAGAGACAAUGGCAGAUAUUCCUCGAGUGAAGCUAGGAAGCCAAGGCCUCCAGGUUUCCAAGUUAGGAUUUGGGUGUAUGGGCCUCACCGGAGUCUACAACGAUCCUGUUUCCGAAGAGGUGGCCAUCUCUUUGAUCAAACACGCAUUCGGCCAAGGGAUCACCUUCUUUGAUACUGCGGAUGUGUAUGGAGCACAUGCCAACGAGGUUUUGGUCGGAAAGGCGCUCAGGGACCUGCCUCGAGAUCAAAUUCAGAUUGCAACGAAGUUUGGGAUUGUCAAAAUGGAAUCUGGUAAUGUGAUAGUGAACGGUUCCCCUGAGUAUGUUCGAUCCUGCUGCGAGGGUAGCCUCCAGCGUCUUGGUGUGAGCUACAUUGAUCUGUAUUAUCAGCACCGUGUUGACACCACUGUACCCAUUGAGGACACUAUGGGAGAGCUUAAGAAGUUGGUUCAAGAGGGAAAGAUAAGGUACAUAGGGUUGUCGGAAGCAAGCCCUGACACAAUUAGGAGGGCACAUGCUGUUCAUCCCAUUACUGCUCUGCAAAUGGAGUGGUCCCUUUGGACUCGUGAAAUUGAACAAGAUAUUGUUCCACUUUGCAGGGAACUUGGAAUUGGAUUAGUACCAUAUAGUCCCCUUGGGCGUGGAUUUUUUGGUGGCAAGGCUGUCAUAGAAAGUGUACCUGCAAACAGUUUUCUGGCAUUUCAACCAAGGUUAAAAGGGGAGAACUUUGACAAGAACAAAGUCUUAUAUUCUAGGAUAGAAAAGUUGGCUGAAAAGUAUGGAUGUACAUCUUCACAACUUGCUCUUGCAUGGAUACUUUAUCAAGGAGAUGAUGUGGUACCCAUCCCCGGAACAACUAAGAUAAAAAAUCUUGAUAGUAAUGUCGGUUCAUUUAAAGUGAAACUGAGCAAAGAUGAUUUAAAGGAGAUUACAGAUGCUGUACCGAUAUCUGAAGUGGCAGGGGAUCGGACUACUGAUGCAUUUGUUAAAUGUUCAUGGAAGUUUGCUAAUACUCCACCAAAAGCAUAACCUGAUAUGCCAUUAUGCACCUUGGAGCUCAGAUCUUUCUUUUUUAAUCAAGUUUCCUGUCUCCUUGCAUGCUCCCGAGUUUUAUCGCUUCUCAGUAAAACUGUCAUUGGUCCUAUGCGGAUAACUCGCAAAAGUUAUGUUUUAUGCUUAAUAAUGCACAUGUUAAUGUUAUUAAAUGACGAGACAGAGAGUGUGAUAUGAGCCAAGGUAUCCAUCAUUUUGCCUGCCGACGGCGCCGAA